AUGCAUAGUCGUGUAUUUGAUACUCGUGAAACUUUACUCGAUGCAGCUAUAUCUUUAGCAAGUGUUAUUGCUAACAAGAGUUCUAUAGCUGUACAAGGUUCAAAAAUCAGUUUAAAUUAUGCACGUGAUCAUACUGUAGAUGAUAAUUUUACUUUUGUGCGUACAUGGAAUAGUGGUAUGUUGUUGACUGAAGAUAUCGUGAAUAGUGUUAUGGCAACAUCGGUAUUAAAGGAAAAAAGUAAACUAUAA